AUGACAGAACAACUACCUUCAUCAUCUACUGCUACUACUACUACUACUAAUACUGGAGAUAUGGAAAUCCCACAAAUACAAAAUGAUACUUCAUAUUUGGAUAAAGUUUCAAUACAACAAGUCACAUUAAGAUCAACAGUAGUAGGGCUAAUAAUAGGUUCGAUAAUAUGUAUAACAAACUUUCAAUUUGGAUUUCAAAGUGGUUGGGUUUCAAUGAUGUCAUUACCAGCAGCAUUACUAGCGUUUGCUAUAUUUAAAGUAUUACCAAUAGGUAUAUCGAAAAAUUUCACUGAUGUGGAGAAUGUAUUUGUUCAAAGCAUAGCUGUUGCUGUCGGUACAGGACCAUUAUGUUAUGGAUUAGUAGGAAUAAUCCCAGCAAUGGAGAAAUUUAUGACUGCUGAAGAAAGUGGUAUUGGUAGUGAAUUGAAACUAAGUCUAAGUCAGUUGAUGAUUUGGUCACUUGGACUCGGAUUAUUUGGUGUGUUUUUUGCCAUUCCAUUGAGAGAACAAGUCAUUGUUAAAGAGAAAUUGCCAUUUCCAUCCGGUAGUGCUACUGCUACAUUAAUAUCUGUGCUACACGGCAGUCAGAUAUAUCAUGAUAAAGAAGAUCAUGUUGAAAAGAUUCACGAAGAUCAAGAAAGACAGUCACCUAAUGAAUCGAUGGUUCAAGAUACAGGAGAUGAUAUCUUGACCCAGCAAUCAUCAAAAUCACAUUUACUAGAACCAAAGGACAACAAUGAUGAUGAGGAUGAUGAUAAAGAGGAUUAUAAUUCUAAUAUUAGAUCAUUAUCAAUAACUUUCACAGUUUCUUCUGUUUACACAGUUGUGUCAUAUUUCUUGCCGAUUCUUAAACAACUUCCAGUAUUUGGCACAUAUCUUUCAAAAAACUACCUUUGGAACUUACAACCAUCACCAGCAUAUGUGGGACAAGGGAUAAUUAUGGGGUUGCCAACUGUGAGUUAUAUGCUUUUCGGAGCUAUUUUAGGAUGGGCCAUUCUUGCACCACUUGCACAAAAAAUGGAAUGGGCACCAGGAAGAAUAGAUGACUGGAUCCAUGGUGGUCAAGGGUGGAUAUUAUGGAUCAGUUUGAGUGUAAUGAUUAGUGAUUCAUUGGUAUCUUUUGUUGUGGUAAGUACAAAAUCCAUUUACAAAGUUAUUAAGAACAUGAGACAGAAUAGAUUAUAUGAGCAAACAUUAGAGUUGCAACAUCAAGAACAACAGCUGCACGCGUUGUUAAGAGGCGACUCUUCGUCAGUAUCAUCUAAUGAGGACCAAACUAAUAGUACCUACGAUGGAGACAACUCAACGGUAAAUACGAUCCGAAAGAAUAAUGUGAAAUAUGUGGAAGAAGUUCCUAGUAAGCAUUUAGUGUCUACAAGAUCUACAAUUAUUGGUGUCGUUGUGUCAUCAUUAAUUUGCAUUGUUUCACUAAGAGUCGUUUUUGGCAAGAUUGUUCCAAUAUAUGCUGCAGUGUCAGCAAUUAUCUUAGCCAUGUUUUUUUCCAUAUUGGGUGUUAGAGCUUUGGGAGAGACGGAUUUGAAUCCUGUUAGUGGUAUUGGAAAAUUAUCACAAUUGAUAUUUGCUUUGAUUGUUCCUAAAGACCAUCCUGCUAAAAUAUUGAUAAAUUUAGUUGCUGGUGGAGUUGCGGAAGCUGGAGCACAACAGGCAGGUGAUUUAAUGCAAGAUUUGAAAACUGGUCAUCUUGUUGGUGCUUCUCCUAAAGCACAAUUCAUUGCGCAGAUAUUGGGCACCUUAUAUUCUGUCGUUUUGAGUUCGGUUAUGUAUAAAGUUUACAAUUCCGUUUACCAAAUACCAAGUGACAUGUUUCGAAUCCCAACAGCUGUUAUAUGGAUUGAUUGUUCAAGAUUAGUUACUGGUGCUGGAUUACCUCCAUAUGUUAGAGAGUUUUCCAUUGGUUUCGGGGUAGUAUUUGGAAUAAUUUCUUUAUUGAAGAAUACAGUGUCACCACGCUCCCAAUACUACAAAUUUCUUGUUUAUUUGCCAAGUGGAGUAGCUGUAGGGAUUGGUAUUUAUAAUACACCAAAUUUCACGUUGGCAAGAUUUAUUGGAGGAUUGAUCAAUUAUAAUUGGCAUAAUUUCAGUGAUAGAGGUAAGAUUGGUAUGAUUAUUUUCAGUAGUGGAUUGGUUUUAGGGGAAGGUUUAUUCAGCGCAUUUACUAUGCUUUUGACAAGUCUAGGGGUUAAACAUUGGUAA